UUUUUCCUUCUGCCACUCCCUGUGUUUCCAUCUUGCAACACCGCGAAGCCCCGCCCUCCACCUCCCCCGUGAAAGGAAUAGCGAGUUUCAAGCUUCCCUGCUCCGCCGUAGUUGAUUCUUGGGGACCCAUUUGAACUUCAGCCGGUCCCCUCUUUUUUCCCCCCCACCCAGAGUCUGUUCUUUGGGUCUGACGCUUGAAAUCCCGUUCAGCGGAGUGGGGUCCCGUGCGGUGUAACUUCUUCUCUCCCUCCCGACCUGCACGUCUUAAAGCCAUGUUGCUGCCAUCGCUGCUGCUGCUCGUUCUCACCUUCCUCGCCUGGACUCCCAGCACAACGUGGGCCGCUAAAAUCAUCGUGGUCCCGCCUAUAAUGUUCGAAUCGCACCUCUACAUCUUCAAGACGCUGGCCACGGCGCUGCACCAGGAGGGCCACGAGACCCAUUUUCUAGUUUCAGAGGGCCGCGAGGUCCCCCCCUCUCCCCACUACCACCUGCAGCGCUACCCAGGCAUCUUUAACAGCACCACGGCUGACAACUUCCUCCAGUCUAAAGUCAGCAACAUCUUCUCAGGCCGCUUGACAUUCCUCGAACUCUUUGACAUCCUGGACCAUUACUCUCAGAACUGCGAUGCAGUGGUGGGCAACGGCGACGUGAUGAACCGCCUGAAGGAGGCCAAGUUCGACCUGCUGCUAGUGGAUCCCAACGAGAUGUGCGGCUUUGUGAUCGCUCAUAUCCUGGGUGUGCAAUACGCUGUUUUCAGCACCGGCUUGUGGUACCCGGCAGAGGUCGGAGCCCCGGCGCCAUUGUCGUACGUGCCAGAAUUCAACUCGCUGCUGACGGACCGCAUGUCCUUAAUUCAGAGGGUCGCUAACACAGGCGUCUACCUGGCACAGCGCUUUGGAGUCCAUUACAUUGUGUUGCCCAAGUAUGACCGGAUUAUGAGGAAGCACGGAGUCAAGCCCUAUGCGGCCAUGGCUGACUUGGUGCAGGGCAGCAGGCUGUGGAUGCUGUGCACUGACAUGGCUCUGGAGUUCCCGAGGCCCACCCUCCCCCAUGUCGUCUACAUCGGUGGCAUCCUCACAAAGCCCCCGAGCCCGCUGUCACAG